GUCGUUCGUCCUCGCCACGCUGAGUCGCUCCGCGCCUUGCGCUCUCGGCCGUCCCUACAGCUCCAGCCCGGCAGCCCCGGCCACGCAGCUCCGCAACCAUGUCCAAGCUGGCGCGGCUCGGGCGCGAUGAGAUCAUGGAGUGCCAGGUGAUGUGGGAGCCUGACAGCAAGAAGGACACGCAGAUGGACCGCUUCCGGGCGGCCGUGGGUGCCGCCUGCGGCCUGGCGCUGGGGAAUUAUGAUGACUUGUACCACUGGUCCGUCCGGUCGUAUUCGGACUUCUGGGCUGAGUUCUGGAAGUUCAGUGGAAUAGUCUACUCACGAAUGUAUGAUGAGGUCGUGGACACUUCCAAAGGAAUCGCAGAUGUCCCUGAGUGGUUCAGAGGCAGCCGCCUCAACUACGCAGAGAAUCUCCUAAGGCACAAGGAGAAUGACAGAGUUGCCCUCUACGUGGCCCGGGAAGGCAGAGAGAAGAUUGUGAAGGUGACCUUCGAAGAGCUACGGCAGCAGGUGGCCCUGUUCGCAGCUGCCAUGAGGAAGAUGGGUGUGAAGAAAGGGGACCGAGUGGUUGGUUAUCUCCCCAACAGUGCGCAUGCUGUGGAGGCCAUGCUGGCCGCUGCCAGUAUUGGGGCCAUCUGGAGUUCUACCUCGCCAGACUUUGGUGUGAAUGGGGUCCUGGACCGCUUUUCUCAAAUUCAGCCAAAACUUAUCUUCUCAGUGGAGGCUGUUGUCUACAAUGGCAAGGAGCACGGCCACCUGGAGAAGCUGCAUCGAGUUGUGAAAGGCCUGCCUGACCUGCAGAGAGUGGUGCUGAUCCCGUACGUCCUCCCAAGGGAGAAGAUAGACAUUUCCAAGAUCCCCAACAGCGUGUUCCUGGAUGAUUUCCUGGCAAGCGGGACAGGCGCGCAGGCACCGCAGCUGGAGUUUGAACAGCUGCCCUUCAGCCACCCUCUGUUCAUCAUGUUCUCCUCGGGCACAACGGGGGCUCCCAAGUGCAUGGUGCACUCUGCUGGGGGCACCCUCAUCCAGCACCUGAAGGAGCACGUGCUACACGGCAACAUGACAAGCAGUGACAUUCUACUCUACUACACCACGGUCGGCUGGAUGAUGUGGAAUUGGAUGAUGUCAGCCCUGGCCACAGGAGCAUCCUUGGUUCUGUAUGAUGGCUCCCCGCUGGUCCCGACCCCCAAUGUGUUGUGGGACCUCGUGGACAGGAUAGGUAUCACCAUCCUGGGAACGGGAGCCAAGUGGCUGUCGGUGCUGGAGGAGAAGGACAUGAAGCCAGUUGAAACUCACAACCUCCACACGCUCCACACCAUCCUGUCCACUGGCUCACCACUGAAAGCCCAGAGCUACGAGUAUGUGUACAGAUGCAUCAAGAGCAGCGUGCUCCUCGGCUCCAUCUCAGGUGGCACUGACAUCAUCUCCUGUUUCAUGGGCCAGAACUCAUCUAUCCCUGUGUACAAGGGGGAGAUCCAAGCUCGGAACCUUGGCAUGGCCGUGGAAGCCUGGGACGAGGAAGGGAAGGCCAUCUGGGGAGAGAGCGGUGAGCUGGUGUGCACCAAACCCAUCCCCUGCCAGCCCACACACUUCUGGAACGACGAGAACGGCAACAAGUACAGGAAGGCUUACUUCUCCAAAUUCCCAGGUGUCUGGGCACACGGUGACUACUGCAGGAUCAACCCCAAGACAGGAGGCAUUGUCAUGCUGGGCCGGAGUGACGGCACCCUCAACCCCAAUGGAGUACGCUUCGGCAGCUCAGAGAUCUACAACAUUGUGGAAGCCUUCGAUGAGGUGGAGGACAGCCUGUGUGUCCCCCAGUACAACAGGGAUGGUGAGGAGCGGGUGGUCCUGUUUCUGAAGAUGGCCUCUGGGCACACCUUCCAGCCUGACCUCGUGAAGCGCAUUCGUGAUGCCAUCCGCCUUGGCCUGUCUGCUCGCCAUGUGCCCAGCAUCAUCCUGGAGACCCAAGGCAUCCCAUACACACUCAACGGCAAGAAAGUGGAGGUGGCCGUGAAGGAGGUGAUGGCUGGGAUGACCGUGGAGCACCGGGGGGCCUUCUCCAACCCCGAGACCCUGGACCUAUACCGGGACAUCCCUGAGCUGCAGGACUUCUGAGCCAGUGGCUCUCAUGCUGUCUGGCAUGUGAUGGGAUCUCAGGACACUCUAGUGACAACAGCUGCUCCAGAUGGCCCCGGACACUGUGCACUCCUCGGGCUUGGAAGCAGCACUCCCGUUUCGGAGUCGUUGGUGGGGACCAGGUCUCCCAUGCUCCAGGAUGGGCCCUGGCCUUCAGAGACCGGAAUGGCACAUUGAGGCUUGCCUCAGCCCUGCUGCUCUAGGUCAACACGCAGCCUUGUGGAUACGGGGUUGGUGACAUUGGUGACAGCACACCGGAUCUCGCUCUGUGAAGGUGAAGUUUUACAUACACUCCCUGUCCUUAACUGGCCUGGCUCCCUCAGCUGAACUGUUCUCUCAAGCACUGGCUGAAGCCAGGGCACCUGCCCAGCAUGCCUGUCACCUCACGGCUGUCCGCUGGGACCCCUGCUCAUGUAUGUCUGCCACGGCCAGAACACCAUCCUAGGGAGUUGCGAGUGACACUCUAGCCAGCCAGCUCUCUGCUGUGGCAGUCCCCUCUGCUGGCGAGUGUCCCCGACUGUCUCUGGGUUUUAACAGCACAGUGUUUGAAUGGCUCAGACGUUUUAAUGUUAAUUGGUCUGCUUUCCAGAGGCACUUGAAUCCCUGGGUGUGGACCCUGUGCCACCACUCAGGUGUGUGCCGGGCAGUGAGAUCCUGAAGUCCUUCAGGGAUGGAGCUGCCCAGCCUUGGAGGAAGAGGCCCCGUGCUCCCUCCUAAUAGUAGUCCCUGGGCUCUUUCUGUUGUGACUGUCCUCUCUACAUUUGUAACUGGAGUCUCAGGCUUUGGUCGCCAGGACUCCACGGUGCUUCUCCUCUGGCGCAUGGAGUAUGUCACAAAUCCUGGUGAUUGUUUUUUUUUUUUUUUGUUUUUUUUUGUAUUUUUUUUUUUUUAAACUGAGCACAACAUAAAACCUUUUGAAAAUAUCCUGGGUUUUCAGUCUAUAAGGGAAAAGUGCUAUGAAGAAUUUUAUGGAAUAAAUUUGUGCCAUGUA